AUGUCGUCUUUUUUCACUGUACCCAACUCCCAGCGCAAGCGGAAGAGAGACGACCGCGCCGCAGCCCCAGGAGCAAAAAAGCGAGGCGUAGAUGCCAAACCCGACGGUGGUCGACGCACCAGGGAGAGAGAAGAAUCCAUUUCAGGCAGUGACCUAGACGAUGACGCCGCGAUUGACACCGCAGAAUCGGGCGACGAGAGUGGUUCGGACUCAGAUGACGGCGAAACCGCAGCGGAUCGACGGUUGAAACUCGCUGAACGCUACCUGAGUAACAUUCAAGAAGAAGUCGACGAAGCUGGAUUCGAUGCAGCAGACAUUGAUCGAGACUUGAUUGCGGAGCGAUUGAAGAAGGAUGUGGAUGAAUUUAAGGGACGGACGUUCCGUCAAAUCGCUUCGAAAUUAUCAGUUCUCUCGGCACCCCAUUCGUUUUUCCGUUCAGAUACCCAGUCAACCACUGCCAUCGCAGUCCACCCGCCAUACGUUUACACCGUUUCCAAGGAUAAAGUCUUGACCAAGUGGGAAUUGGCUGAACCCAGUGUACCAGCUUCCACCGAAGUGAAUGGCGAUAAUGAUACUUCCACGCGGCCCCCGCGUCCCCAGCGCAAGAAGCCCAAGCGUGUAAAGUAUGCUCGGGGUAUGCGCAAGGUUGGUGAAUCGGACGAGGAUCAAGGGCACACAAAGAACAUCCUAUCCAUUGCUGUUUCGCCUUCUGGAAAAUUCGUGGCCACCGGUGGAGAGGACAACAAGCUCAUUAUUUGGGAUGCAGAGACUUUGACGCCCAUGAAGACCUUCUUGCACCAUAGGGACUCGGUCUGCAGUUUGUCUUUCGCACGCCAUAUCUCAACAAUGAGUUCCGGAGAGCAGUUGUUCUCCGGCUCAUACGAUCGUACAAUUAAGACAUGGUCCAUCAGUGGAGCGGGCCACGCCUACGUCGAAACACUCUUCGGUCAUCAGGAUCAUGUCACUGGAGUGGCUGCCAUGACCAUCGACGAAUGUGUCAGUGUUGGUGCGCGUGAUCGCACCGCUCGUUUGUGGAAGGUCGUCGACGAAACACAGCUCGUGUUCCGCGGCGGUGCCUCAAGGAAUGCCCCUUACCACGAAAGCAACAUCGACUGUAUUGCUCCGCUUCCGCCCACCCACUUUGUCACCGGUUCAGACUCUGGCUCCCUCUGCCUUUGGUCCGUUCACAAGAAGAAGCCCCUCUACACAGUCCGUUUGGCUCAUGGCGUGGACCCAAUUCCCCCACUGAAUGUGCUAUCCCCUGAGACAGACGAGGCGACUGCCGCCCACAACACACGGCACAUGCGCCCCAUGCCGCGCUGGAUUACCGCACUCGCUACUCUACCGGGUACCGACGUUGUCCUCAGUGGCAGCUGGGACGGAUAUAUCCGCGCAUGGCGCGUAUCAGAAGAUAAGAAGACACUGGUUCCUCUCGGCCCCAUUGGUGCAGGCUCUCUUAGCACCUCAGCACCAGACACUCCCUCGAAACAACUCAACCAGACCCUUGUCCCUGAUUCUACCCCUGAGUCAGAACAGAAAGACCCAGAACCCUUGAUUAAGGGAGUCAUCAACGAUAUUGCGGUCUUUGAACGACGCCCUGACUCUGAUAUCCCAGGUGGUGAAGGAAAAUCCAAGGCUGAGACCGCAAACGAACCUCGUGGUCUCUCCAUUGUCGCUGCUGUCGGCAAGGAGCACCGAUUGGCUCGUUGGAAAUGCUUUAACAACAACUUCUAUGAGGGUACCACUCCGGGAGGCCGCAAUGGCGCUGUCGUCUUUGAGGUUCCGUUUGUUAAUGACGCGAGGGCUGAUGUAUAA